AUGACUUCUGUCCCUCACGACUCUGCCAUGAACAUCGACGGCGACAUCUACCGCCUGGCGCCCGCCAUGUUUGUCACUCCGGAAGCUCUUCGCGGACAUCACAUCGAGCUCAAGGCCCAGACCGAACCGGAUCUGCAGGCCGAGACCGACUCCGACAGAGUCGUUCACCUCAGCGUUCAGUACCCGAUCGCCCCUCCGAGCGGUCUCGUGUUCGUCGCGGGAGCCGUGGUCGAGUUUGUGCCGGUCUCGUCUCCGUCAUACGAGUGCCUGCCUUGGCACUGCAGCAGGAACGACCAGGACAGCGCCCUGUGCCUUGGCCUUCCCACGUCGAUUCUGCAACCGCUCCUUGACUGCACCAGGAACGGGGUCGAGGCGCAAAACGCCACGCUGGACCUCACCAACGCCAGCGUCCAGCAGGCAGACCACUCCUGGCUUGUGGCUGGCACAUGGCACAACCCCGGCUUCACAAUCAACACCGACAAUGGCAGCCUCGCCGUCGACGUCGUCGGCGUCCACAUGCGCGGCAUCUCCUUCCAGUCGGCUCCUCGCACCGUCUGA